AAAGGUUGAAGGAGCUUCCUUGGACUCAGCCACCUUCUCCUCCCGCCUUCUUCUCUUUCUUCCUCCUCCCCCUUUUAUCUUCCUCCUCCUCCUCCUCCUCCAGGCUGGAGCUUUUGUUUUUCUUCCCAGCUUUCUAUUUUCCACACGUGAUUGCUGUGUUGUUGCACCGAGGGCUUGGCGGGCGAGCGCACCUAUAAAUGCUAAUAACUUUGGCCCAGGAGAGAAGAAACAGAAAAGGGGGGUGGGGGGGAGAGAGCGAGGCAGGAGCAAAAGGACGGGAGGGGGUGAGUUACUGUACGAAGUCGGGGCGCUGUCCAUGCAGGCAGCCAGGAGGGAGGGAAACAUGCCAUGCAAGCCCAAACUCCCCUUCUUCGCUGCACGGCUGCGGCUCCCUCGCCUCGUCGCCGGCUGCUAAUCAUCCGCCCGCCGCCUAGGAGUUCGUGCCUACCGCUAGGAUUAUCAUUCUUGCCCACUCCGAGGGUGGGAGAGGCGGCGGGCGGGCGAGCGCGACAGACAAUGGCGGCGGCUGCUGCUCCCGCCGCCGCCAGCAGCUGCAGGAGCAGCCCCGCCGGUGCCAACAACGGCGGGAGCACAUUCCACCAGCAGCUGGAGCCCUGCCUAAAGAAGCCGCCGCCGCGCAUGGACCCCAGGCGCAGGCAGGCAGCGCUCUCUUUCCUCACCAACAUCUCGCUGGACGGGCGGCCGGUGCUGCAGGACGACGAGGGCGGCGGAGAGGAGAGAGGCGUCGGCGCUGCAGCGGUGGCAGCCGCGAGGGUUGCUUCUGCUGCAGCUUGCAGUACCAGCAGCGGCAGCGCUAGGACUCGCUACAGCCUGAGCGCUUUCCAGCCAGCCGCUCCGCAGCAGCAACAGCAACACGGGGUUUACCCCAGCGCCUACAGCAGCGCCAGGCUCCUGAGCCUCUCGGGAGCGGCUGGCGAACAGCAGCAAGCAGAGGACGCCGAGGAUGAGGACGAAGAUGCCUUUGCCAGCGUGCAGGUGCUAGCAGCCCCCGCCUUCCUGGGCUCCUGCGGGACCCCUUCUGCGAGCGGCGCGAGGGGUCGCCUCAACUCUUUCACUCAGGGAAUCCUGCCCGUCUCCUUCGCCAGAGCCGUCCCGCAGAACUAUUGUUGCCUAGAGCAAGGCCAGGUGGGCACCAGCGCCUUCGAGCUCCAGAGGUCCCGACGUCGGUUGAUUUCCCAGAGGUCUUCACUGGAGACUUUGGAAGACAUUGAGGAAAAUGCUCCAUUACGGAGAUGCCGGACUCUGUCAGGCUCACCCAGACCAAAGAACUUUAAGAAGAUUCAUUUCAUCAAGAACUUGCGGCAGAAUGAUACAAGAAAUGGCAGAAUAGUCCUUAUUAGUGGCAGAAGAUCCUUCUGCAGCAUAUUUUCAGUGCUGCCAUAUCGGGACUGUAGCCAUGUUGGGGAUAUGAAAACAGAAGGUGGGAGGCCAUGUCAUUCUGCUGCAGGAGUUUGCUUGAAAGACAUAGUUGGCCUUGAAGGUGUGGAAUUAGGAGCUAACGGGAAGACUGUUUCUUACACCCAGUUUCUCUUCCCAACCAAUGCUUUGGGAGCACGGAGAAACACUAUAGACUCCACUUCAUCCUUCUCGCAGUUUCGCAAUGCAAGCCAUCGUAGCCUUUCAUUGGGAAGGGCUAACAGCACCCAAGGGAGCAUUGAUGCAGGCAGUGACCUGGGAGAUUAUAUUGAAUAUGACCCUAAUCUUUUAGAUGAUCCUCAGUGGCCAUGUGGGAAGCACAAGAGAGUGUUAAUAUUCCCUUCUUACAUGACUACAGUAAUUGAUUAUGUGAAGCCAUCAGAUCUUAAGAAAGAUAUGAAUGAGACUUUCAAGGAGAAGUUCCCUCACAUCAAGCUGACACUCAGUAAAAUAAGAAGCCUGAAGCGAGAGAUGCACAAAUUAGCUCAAGAAGAGUGUGGUUUUGAGGAACCCACCGUGGCCAUGGCCUUUGUCUAUUUUGAGAAGCUUGCUCUCAAGGGGAAACUCAACAAGCAGAACAGAAAACUCUGUGCUGGAGCAUGUGUCCUACUAGCUGCCAAAAUUGGCAGUGACCUCAAAAAGCAUGAUGUGAAACACCUUAUAGAUAAACUGGAAGAGAAGUUCCGGUUGAAUAGGCGAGAACUGAUUGCUUAUGAAUUCCCAGUGUUAGUGGCCUUGGAAUUUGCUCUUCAUCUACCUGAACAUGAAGUGAUGCCACAUUAUAGACGCUUGAUCCAGAAUUCCUAGCACAGGCUACCCUUCCAAGAAGGGGGAGGGGUUUAAAAACUAUUUUCUAUUGAACUCAGAAGAACAGCAGUUACUACUGGAAAUGCAAAAAUGGGGCACAGAUGCCCCAACACCCUUGAUUCUCUUUUCAGUGCAGCUUUUCAGCCUGAUAGCAGGAAUAAUUCCUUAAGACUGUCAAGCUAGAUGAACUGUUUUAAUUACUCAGCGCAAGUGAGGAAUGAAUUGCAUGUGAGUGAACAGUAGGUGGAACAGAUUCACACGAUGUGGACCAAAAGAGAACUUCAAUGAGUAGCCCAUAUCAUUCCUGCGAGGAGGAGAAGGAUUAUUAACAGCAGCCUACAUUUCACUUUCUUUAAACUAUAAAUUCUACAUCUUUGGAAACCUCAUCAGCUUUCCUGCAAGCCGGUUUCCAGCUUACAAAAGGAUUCCUAAAGCAAUCACGGGUUGUGGAAGAUAUCUUCACUGUGUCAACAAUGUGCCAAUCUAUUUUUGUAUCUGUUAUUGAAAGUGCACUUUUCCUGGUGGGUGGGAGGACAAUUUAGUUAUGAGUGAGACACUGAACAGGUUUGAUAUCGGGGCAGCCUUGGCUCAUUGCUAGAAUAUUGUUUACUAAAGCCAGAGGACAACUUUUCUCUAUUUGCUUAAAAAAACUACUGAAAGGGAGGUAUUUGGGUUCAUCUGAAUAACCUGGGAUGAUCUUUUGUCUUCCCUUGUUAUUUGUUUGUUCCCCCUCCCAUCAACUUUUUAUUUUUUAUACAGAUUACACUACUAAAAAAAGACACCUACAAGUGAGAAACCAACAGCUGCUGUUAAGUUUUCACUUUGUAUGUGACGCCGUUCAAAUGUUCAGUAUGGAAGAAAAAUGUCAUUUUGCAAGUGUCUUGUUUUAAGCCACGUGCGUAUUUCUAACCUCUGUACUUUCUUUCUGUGGAGAUGGUUAGACUUACACUCUGUAAUGUUUGUAUUUUGUGCUCUACGUUAGAGUGCAUUCUGAGGCACAUUGAUGGUGCUGUAUGUCUAAACAGUGUUUUAUAAAACCAACUUGUACAGCCGAGGACCAGAAUCGGCAGCCUAGGGCCUUGAUAACAGACACACAACUCAGUGUGGGUAAUUUGUGUUGUUGCUGCUGCUGUUGUUUUUGAAUAGAAUUGACUGUAUAAAAUCAAAUUUGAGAGUAGGGGCCACUGAAAGUGCUACAUUUUUUCAUACUUUUCAAAUACUUCACUACUCUGGAAUCUUAUAGUACCUUAACUGUAUUCAUAUAUUAAAAAGUCCAGGCUGGGAAAGCAGCACAAAGCCCAAACAGAAUACCCUCAUGUGUCCUGUUUUCUAUGUAUGUGUGUGAUAUAUAUCUCACAUACAUAUACGCACACACACUAUGAGAAGAUUAUGACAGCUGGAUGUACUUGCUAAUAAGAUAGAGGACAUGCAACAAAUAAUUAAUUUGCUCUUUUUAUAUGAAGUUAAUGCAAAUGCCCCACCUUUUCCAGUGCCGAUUCCAUUAACACAGUUCUUGGCUUACACAGUGAUUUCAAUAAAGGCAAGUACUUUACUGUUUUUAGUGUAAUACAAAUUAAUCGAACAGUUGUGUUCACCAAGAUAAUCCACCACUCUUUUUUUUUCUGCAAUAGUCAUUAGUGAUGACAUAUUGGGAAAGAUAGAAAUUAGGAAUUAAAGUAGAAAAAAAAUGCAAAUAUGAAACUCUUUUAAUACCUGUAGAAUUUGAAAUGAAAAGCAACUUUAUUGCUGUAGCUCUGCUACCUCUUUUCCAGUUUCAAACACUAAUUUCCCAGUGUUUGACUUUUUCCUUGAAACUAACCACCAGUUAUUUCUGUUGUACAAGUGCAUAUUUUGUAUCCAAAUUCUAUAGGCCAAUGCAACCAUUAGUCUUCUGAUACGCAACACAGAAAACUACAGCCACAUUGGAGAAUCAUACAGCAUAUAUCCACAUCAAAGAUGUAUUUAAAAAUGCAUGUUUUAAGCAUCAUAUGCCACAUUUUUAGCUUGUACAAUACAAGUACACGCUAAAAAUGUAUUGAAUGAAACAUCGCUUAGAGGAAGCAAAAAUAAAACAGUUGUUAAAAUAAAAGUCAACCAGUUCUGGAAUUCUCACACACAUAUCCUCUGCCAGAUUAAUGUAUCCCUAUGAGAAGGUCUGAAGAAUGUGGAAAAACACUAGACAGUUUUCUGCAAUUCUAAGGAAAUCCAAACUGAAAUUAAUGGAGUUUACAUUUUCUGCAGAUUCAUUCAUUCAAGCCCCAAAAUUGUAUAUUCUGCAUAUCAUCAAGGCUGAAAACUGUCCUGCAAUACACAGUUGAAAGAUAAUUUGCCUAAAAUAACUAUUAUUGCUUUUAAAGAUUAUACCUUAUGGUAGGUCUGGGUUAGGCUGCAGUCCUAUGUGUAUUACUUGGAGGACAUAAGAGCCAUUAAGGAAAGUGGAACUUGCUUAAGAGUAAACAAACAUAAGAUUAGACUGCAUGUGUUGUAAUUCCUUGCCUUUUCCAAGAAACAUCGUUUUUUGACGGCAAAAUUCAGAGUGGAAAAUGAUGGCAACUUGUAGACCAAAGGUACUGUGCUCUGGACACCUCCUAACUGAAAAUAACAUCUGUUUCUCCAGCAAUUCAGGGGAAAAGAGUCCCCCUGCCCAAGCAUCCUCUUGUUGCAGAGGGCUAUUCACCUGCAUUCGUCUCCUAUUUGCUGUGGGAUAGUAUUCCUGCUUAAUUAGGGUGUGCUGCAGAGUAUAUCAGCUUAAAUGAACUGAUGUAGUGCUGGGGACAAUCAACUAAAUGCCACCUUUGGCAUAAUAAGUUGUCCCAAACUUUUUUUUUUUUUUUUCAAUAAUUUUUAUUCAGAUUUUCA